AUGCCCGUCAGGUAUCUGAAUUGGACAACAGGCCUGACCUUCGUGCUCGGCGCAAGCGUCUUCGUGUCUCUUCUCGCGCUAAGCACCCGUGAACUCAGGGCGUCAGACGCGACUCAAUGCCAAUCCGAGUCCAAACCUGGAUCAGAGACCGCCCCACACAACGACAAGACGGAUAGUGACGAUGAUGGGGAUAUUCGGAAGGCUCUGGUGGCCCUGAACGAAUCUGCAAUGGCCGAUCUCCAAUGCGAGCUUCGGAAAACCGUCCUGUGGGCGGAUCUCAGCACACUGCUUACAAGGUGGGGACACAUCUAUCCUUUAAAGCGGCGCAGACUGUUGCAGACGCGAAGUCUCAGGAGCCAAGAAUGUCGCGGAAACACUCCUCAGAAACCACUCCACUUUGAAGAUAUGUUAUCAAUUCCACAAGGUCAACCGGAGAUCCUACAAUCACUUGCGCCUGAAGUCACCGCACUUUUGCAGCAGUACUCUUACCAGGGGUGCAAGCUAACUGGCCAUGACAUCCGCUCCGCCUUAUCCGGCGCCUUGAAGAGCGGGAAAGUGCUUUGGAGUCACUUUGCGCGCGCAGUGGUCCAACUUGAUGAACGGAUCGUUGUCAAGUUUGGACCUAAUAUAUCGUUAAUUGACGCAAACAUGACUGCCCACAUCCGAAAGCAUUCUGAGGACAUUCCAGUUCCCCAGCCUCUUGGCAUACUUGCUCUUGGCGGAAAAGUCUAUGCAUUCAUGAGCCUCAUUGACGGUCACCCUCUUGACAAACUCUGGCCAGACCUAUCAAAUACUGAUAAAUGCUCUGUCCGGGAUCAACUGGAUGCCAUCUUGGAGAAUCUCCGGUUGCUUCCGUUACCAUCUAAAUAUCUCGGUGGCGGCAAUCCCCCUCAGUGCAUCGACUGCAGAAUGUGGAUGCGCAAGAGUCCUGAGUCAAUGGAGAGUGAAACGCAGUUCAACGAAUUCCUUCUUUCUGGUAAUAGUCGACCUACCAUGGAACCAUAUGUUGAGUUUGUCAGACUCAUGCUCCGCGAAGAUCACCGUAUUGUCCUUACUCACGGUGACCUACACCCCCGCAAUAUCCUGGCUAUUAAUGACGAGGAAAGAGGAGGGAUUCGGAUAACUGGCCUGAUAGACUGGGAGGUUGGCGGUGCGUAUCCAGAGUACUGGGAGUUUGCCAAGUCACUUAACACUGUUCGCCCAAUACGCUUGGGCGACUGGCCUUUCUUCCUGCCUCUAAAGGGGAUGGGAAAGUACUUUGAAGAAUAUGCUAUUGAUUGCUUGAUAGACAAUUGUGUGGUGUAAUUGGACAUCAUAUUUACUACUGGACCUAAAAAGACCUUAACUUUUAUGACACCCAACCUGCUCGGUUCUUAAACGCUGGCAUAC